AAGUGCAGUUUCUUUGUGUACUGAAUCUAUGUUUUGUUUGUUCGAAAAAUAGUUCGAAAUUUGUAUCGAUGUGGCAGGAGUUUUGGAACUGAAAUUAUAUUUCUCAACCGGAAAAAAACAGCAUUCGACCGGUCGGUCAGGUAUUUAACAAACUUUACUCGCCGACCGUCAACUUCACUCGCAAAUUCGAGCGUACUUUCGUUUUGACAACUGACGUCAGAAAUUAUUCGAUGUGCGAUUGAGGACUUAGGGGAGGAGAAUAGCAUAGAGCGCGCCUUGGAGAUGAGCAGGAGGGACAUCAGCACCGAUGCAGCAGUGGAUGACAAGGAGAACACAGUGCCCAACUCUGCUGCCGACGUCCCUAUGGUUACAUCAAAGUCUGAACUCCUGACCCCGUGCCUCUCUGAUCCCAUGGCGGAGUUUGAUGACGACCCUACAGAGGGAACUGGGAUCGAUGGCAUCAAUGAUCUUCCAGACAUAAAUAAUGAGCAGAUAUCACAGAACCAGCCAGUAUCCCAUACUGGUGUACCCAGGACUCAGGGAGCUGCUGGCUCCCAGACACAAGGGGCCCAGCCCCAGUCUGCAGACCCAGAGAAGCGCAAACUUAUCCAGCAGCAAUUGGCAUUGCUUUUUCACGCUCACAAGUGUCAGCGGCGUGAGCAGAACAAUGGUGAGGCGUGCACCCUGCCACACUGCAGAACCAUGAAGAAUGUGCUUAACCACAUAUCCACUUGUAGUGCUGGCAAGUCAUGUCAAGUUGCUCACUGUGCUUCAUCAAGGCAGAUAAUCACCCACUGGAGAAACUGCUUGCGACAGGACUGUCCGGUGUGCUUGCCAUUUAAGCAAGCCUCUGAUCGCCAGAAACAGACUGUGGCAGUAGCAGCAGCAGGCGCAGCACAGGCUAGCCGAACUGUGAGUACUGGUCCACAGGCGAAGGUGAAUGCUGCUACCCAACAAAUCCCCUCAAACAUGAAUGAGGCACAGAUGCAGAAAGCAUACGCUGCCCUAGGACUCACCUUCAAUGGGAUACAGGCUUCCACAUCCAGGCCUGGACAACAAAAUAAUCAAGUGAACCUAGGUUUGAAUCCAGGCCAGUCAGCGCAGGUUGGUAAUUCCAAUCCGACCAUGAACUCCCUCACUGCUGUGGGUGGUUUGAAUGCCACAGAUGGGCUGCAUAUUGUGCCACAGACAAACAAAGGCACAAAACAGUGGCAUGAGAGUGUCACACAGGAUCUCAGAAAUCAUCUUGUCAAUAAAGUGGUUCAAGCAGUAUUCCCCACUCAAGAUCCAGCUGCAUUAAAGGACAGAAGGAUGAACAAUCUUGUUUCAUAUGCAAGAAAAGUGGAAGGGGACAUUUAUGAAACAGCCAAUAGAAGAGCAAAAAAGGCUUAUGAGGAGCAAGAAAGUGACUUUGAAGAUGAAAUGCUUUCUGACAUGUCUAGAGAUCCAGAGAUGUCAUUCCCAAAACUGAGCACUCCAAAGAAAGGUGAUAAGAGUGAGGGCAAGAGUAAGGGUAAGAAAUCAAAGUUUGAAGACGACAUCAGUGACGAUUCGAACUUUGUGACACCCAAGAAAAAGAAGCGAUCCAAUAGCAAAAUCGUAUAUGCCAAGAUUUCAGACAGUAAUUACGAAGAAAAGGCAAAUGGGAAAAAGGGAGCCAAAAAGAGAAAUAGCAAAGUGAAGCGUAAGGCAGAAGAUAGCUCAGAUGAGGACAGAUAUACAGGAAAUAGAAAAUCCAAGGACAAGAAACGGCGCAGGAUUAAGAGAAUGGCGUAUAGUAAUGAAGACGACAUUGGGACAGACGACGAGGACGUCCCAGACCCGGACACUGGCGGGUAUCUCAAGCGUCGUAAGAUCAGGAAGGUUCAGGGUCAGAAGAAGCUUGGAGACGAGACAAUGGCUGCUCAGAAGGCAGAGGAAUCUCGGAGAAAACGUAUUGAGGAGAGGCAGAAAGAGUACAACGCAUACGUACAGGUGGAAGGGGCGGAGGAGGAAGGGGACAUUCCAGAGGGCACUGAGCGGGAGCAGGCCAUUGACACGUCUAGCACCAACGAUAAAAUUCUUGGGUCGCCCCGCAAGGUUCUUGUGACGACCAAGUGCGUCCUGGAGAUGGACGAGAAUAAGAAGCCACUCAUAGAGGUGGAUAGGACCCUGAUUAGGAAAUUGAAGCCCCACCAGGUGGAGGCUGUGCGGUUCAUGUACAACUGCUGUGUGGAAAGAUUGGCGAUACUGAAGAAGGAAGAGGGAGCAGGCUGUAUCUUGGCUCACUGUAUGGGACUUGGCAAAACACUGUCUGUGAUCACUUUUGUACAUACCAUGUUGAGCAACGUGAAGCUAACAAAGAUGUCCAAGUGUCUUGUUGUGUGUCCACUCAACACCUGCCUCAACUGGGUCAAUGAGUUCCAGAUUUGGCUGGACGACGUCGACUUUGAAAUCAAGGUGUACGAGAUGUCGCGCGUGAAACAGAACUUUGAGCGUGCCCAGAUGCUGAAGGAGUGGCACGAGAGCAGGGCGGGGGUGAUGAUUCUCGGCUAUGACAUGUACAGGAAUUUUGUGAAUGGGUCAAACUGCAAAAACGAAAAGCAGAAGAAAAUAUUCUUUGAGACGCUCUCUAACCCUGGUCCUGACCUUGUUGUGUGUGAUGAGGGUCACAUCUUGAAGAAUGACAAGACCUCUCUCUCCAAGGCCAUGAACACAAUAACGUCACGCCGAAGGAUUGUUCUCACCGGCACUCCUUUACAGAAUAACCUUGGAGAAUACCACUGCAUGGUGAGCUUUGUCAAGCCCAGCCUUCUCGGUACCAGGAAGGAGUUCUACAACCGCUUUGCCAACCCGAUCACAAACGGACAGUGUAGCGACUCCACCCCUACGGACGUAAAGGUCAUGAAACGUCGCGCCCAUAUCCUCCACAAACUUCUGGCAGGGUGUGUCCAGAGGAAAGAUUACUCGGCCCUCACAAAAUUCCUUCCUCCCAAGAUGGAGUAUGUGAUUUCCGUGCGACUCUCAAAAGUGCAGAUGUCCCUGUAUGAAAAGUACCUGGAGCUGUCAGGUGUGACCACCAACCCUGACACAAAAACCAAGGGGGCGCAACUCUUCAAGGACUAUCAGGCCCUCAUGAGGAUAUGGACCCAUCCCUGGGUGCUGAAACUUGACGAGAUCCGACAAGAGAAUAAGCGUCAGUUUGAUGACAGCAAGGAUUCUUUCAUAGAGGAUGAAGACAGUAAGGCUGAAGACUCAUUUAUAAAUGACUCAACAACGUCGGAUGAGGAUGAUGACGUUAUGUCCGACGACUCGACGAAGAUAUCCAAAAAGAAUGGUGCGGGAUCAUCGUGUAUGGACGAAGCUGACAUGGGGUACGGCGGCCCCAAGGAGCUCACCUCCGAGUGGUGGGCGGAGUUUGUCAAGGAGGAAGAUAAGUACAAGCUGGAGCUCUCUGGCAAGCUCAAACUGCUCUUCGAGAUACUCAAGAUGAGUGAGGACAUAGGCGACAAAGUGCUAGUCUUCAGUCAAAGCCUUCUCUCCCUUGACAUCAUUGAGGAUGUCCUGGCAAAGAUAGAUGAAGUAAAUCAGCCAGAAGCCAGCAGCGAUGAAGACAAUGCUGGAAAUAAGGACGGGAAAGCGGGAGAUAAACCAGUGGAGGUUGCGGUAGGGGGAAGUGAAGGGGCCUCCUCGUCGGAGAUAGGGGCUGGUGAAGGGGCCAGCAAGGAGUUGAGUGAGGAGGACAAGACGGCCAAGGAACUGAAAGAAAGGCUGUCUCAAUAUGGCAAGUCAUGGACAAAGGGGGGUGAUUAUUUACGCAUGGACGGCUCAACAAGUUCUAUUCACAGAAAAGCAUCUCAAGAUAUGUUUAAUGACCCAGAGAACUUAAGAGCCCGUCUGUUCUUGAUCUCAACGAAGGCUGGAAGCUUGGGAAUUAAUCUUGUGUCGGCCAAUCGUGUCAUCAUCUUCGAUGCUUCGUGGAACCCCUCCCACGACAUUCAGUCAAUAUUCCGUGCGUACAGAUUUGGCCAAGUCAAGCCAGUGUAUGUGUACAGAUUUUUAGCACAGGGAACAAUGGAAGAGAAGAUAUACGAGCGGCAGGUCACGAAGCAGUCGCUGUCGCAGAGAGUCGUGGAUGAGCACCAGAUAGAGCGUCACUUCACGGCGGCCGACCUUCAGGAGCUCUACCGCUUCAUACCUGACCGGCUGGAUGAUCCCAACAGGAAGGAGCGACCUCUGCCCAUCUUGCCAAAGGAUCACAUGUUGGCUGAGAUAAGUACAACAAACAAAGAGUGGAUCGUUACAUUCCACGAGCAUGAUUCUCUUCUGGAAAAUGUCGAGGAACAGAAACUGACGGAGGAUGAAAAGAAGGCAGCGUGGGAAGACUAUGAGAACGAAAAGAAGGGAAUCAACAUGAACAGAUAUGAGUCGCAGCCAUCAGAUGAAACAAAAGAACAUGGGAGCAUCAACAGUAGAAGUCAAGGGCAAACGUCUACUCAGCAGAAAAACAGUGACACUACCAAUGGUUUAGAAACAGAAAAUUCAGACAUAUACUUAACAUUAGAAAACUCUCAAAAAAUCAUUGAUUUUGUGGAAACAUGUGAUGCUCAAAGGGUUGAAAAAGACAUCAUUAUGACAACAGAACUGGAAAAUCAAACAGAUAAAACAAACAAAGUAAGCACUUCCGUUGUUUACGAAACGCAAAUGAAAGACAAUGUUUAUAGUUUAAGAGAAAAUGAAAAUAUUACAGCUGUUGAUGAAUUAAUUAAAUACCUUGACAAAACUGGUAAUCAUGCUGAGGAACAUGCUGAAGGUCCAACUAAAAGUGAUGCCAAAGUGAAGCAAAAGCUGGAAACUUAUGAUGAUCUUAUUGAAAUUGUUGACUUAACUGGUGAUGAUUUUGAACCAGAUAAAGAAACCUUAACACAGGUAAGCAAAGGUUGUUAGGUGGGAGAUCCAUUUCGGCAAAGUCGAGGUCGCCCUACUGCUUCCAAAGUGUCCACUUGAUUCCGUUAUGCUUCUGCGUAACCACUAACAAGUAAACAUCCUCACUCAGCCAAUCUUUUGACAUUCUUCACCAAGUGUACAGCUAGGAUUAUUCCCCGUUUGUACUAAAAGAUUUCAUCAAAGUUUGCUUGCAACAACACCAUAUCAGCUACAUAUAUGUGAAUUCAAUAGUAUAUGAACAUGAUUUUACAUGGUUAAGAUUUUAAAAUAACAACUUAAUUAUACAUGAUUAAAUAUUAAGUCAGAAUACAUUGUGAAAAAAUAGUAUUGGAGUUAACCAUUCAUUUGGAGGACGCAGGUGGGAUGGAGGCAGUUUCUUGGCAGCUGUAAAUGCUCACAAUUAAGAUGAUGGAAUAAUUUUUAUUAUCAGUGAAAUAAUGAUUAUUGAAAAUGCCGAAGAAUAUAAAUAAAACAAAGUUUGCAUUUAUUUCACUACGAUAAAUCUUAUUUACAGCUGACACUUGUCAGCGCCCACAGUAGUCCGCUUCAACUGCACUAUCCUAAGCAUCUGCUUGCAUAUAGAUAUAAUACUUUUAGUUUGAUGUAAGAAUUGAAGAAAAUGUACGGCCAUAUUUAAAAAUCACCUUUAUUGGCAUACUCAAUUUCACCUUUUCAUAUAAUGAAAUAUUGAGAUAUUCCAAAUAUAAAAUAAUUCUGUUUAUUUUAUGCUUUAAUGUGUUAUUUAGUUUUAAUGAUUAAAGUUGUCAAUAUAUUUAAUAAAAUGCUAUAAGAAAAUUGCAAAACAACUAUUUCUUUUUUAAAGUGAAUUAACCUUGUGUUUGUUGUAUGUCAGUGUACAAGUUGUUAUACAUUAAAGUGACAGUUCGCUGAAUAAAUCGUUGUUUUGCAUCUUAUUCGUACAUCGAGAAAUAAACUUUACAUAAAUUCAUUGAAAUAUAUUUUUAUCGAGGUUGACAUCGAAAACCUGGUUAAAAUCGGUUUUGAAUCGAUAAAAUAAUAUAUAAAUGAUCAUAAAUACAUGCAAUAGGCGAAAAUCAUUGCAGCGUCGCGAGUUAUGCAAAUUAUAUCUUUAUUUAGCUCUCGCUAAACAUAAUUAGCAUAUGGAAGAUAAAAACAUAGAUUUAGCAAAAACGUAGCGUUGCUACUCAGUUUCCGUCUGUAACAGAUGUAUUUGCAUUUGUUCUUACCUUCUCUCCGCUAAAUUCGCCCGUAUCCGCAAUUUUGUUUGUUUAAGUUUAAAUCAAGAGUCGACUCAUGAAUAUUAAUUAGGUCGUUUUUGUACUUUACCGUACUCGACCCCAAAAUAAAAAUCGCUAUAUUGUUUGUUUUCAACCGAUUUCAACCGAUUUGUCAGUGAUAUUCUCAAUAAAAACACGCUUACUUACGAUUCUGCCCAUAUAUAUAUUCCGCGAACUGUCACUUUAAAACGUGCUUAUGAUCGUAAAUUUUGCCCCGAUGUUAAGUACUUGAAUAUUUUGUAGACAAAAAUGACCAUAGAAAAGUAAAGAAGAUCGGAAUUGUUAAUUAAUGCACAAAUAAAAAGAAAUAGCGAACCUGGAUAGCGGUUCUAAAACCAUUGUCUAAUCAAGAGCCAAACUAUUACAAAUUGAAUUAUCAUUUAAUGAUUUAAUGCAUACAUUCUUCCAGGUAAAUGUAUAUUCCUGUAACGUGUAUUAAUUAUAUGUCAUUAAUCAUAGCGUUUUAAAAUUAACAUGUUAUGGUGAAGUUUCCUCUUAACGUCUUUUCCAUAGAUGUAUAAUAAUUUAAUCUGUGCAAGUUUCUGCUUUCAAUGCAUAUAGUGUAUUGAAUGAUUACUUACAAUUGUUAAGAAUAUACCUGUUUAUUUACGCUUGGUUGCAUCUAAAGCCUUUUACUUAUUACGACACUUUCGAGUCCGAUUCCUGAUUAGAAUCAUUACUAAGGGCCUUUGGGAGCGAUCUCGAGAAUGUUUGGCAGACAUCCUAUAUCCACCACGCCCAUGCGACUAUCUUAACUGAGUUUUAUCUUAUACUGUUGUAGCUUUAUUUCCUGUUUGAUUUGUGAUAUUUUUUUAUAAAAUAUGUUAGAUCUAUGUUUUAUUUACAUAAACAUCUUUGUACAAUACAAGGGCAAUUUACUCUCCCAUAUACAUUAACGAUG